CUCUCUCCUUCCCUUCCGAGGAGCGUCACGCAGUUGUCCAGUGCGCAACAUCUCCUGGAAGCCGGAUCACCGGGGAAUUACCAUCCUAAAGGGAAUAAAAAACAGCAUCAGGAGUCGGAGGAAGAGGAGGUGGAGGAGUCGGAUCACCGCAGCAGCACCACCCGGUUCAGAGUCGUCCAGGGAAGAGGGGUGUCCCCUUGAGAAGCCCGAGCCAUGAGUCGCAGCAUCGUGCGGCAGAGCAAGUUCCGUCACGUCUUCGGCCAGACGGUGAAGGCCGAGCAGGGCUAUGACGACAUCCGCGUGUCCAGGGUGACGUGGGACAGCUCCUUCUGCGCCGUCAACCCAAAGUUCCUGGCGGUCAUCGUUGAAUCCAGCGGCGGCGGAGCGUUCCUGGUCCUGCCCCUCUCGAAGUCGGGUCGUGUGGGCAAGGACUACCCGCUGGUGGUCGGCCACGCCGGGCCCGUCCUCGAUAUCGACUGGUGCCCGCAUGACGACAACAUCCUGGCCAGCGGCUCGGAGGAUUGUACUGCAAUGGUUUGGCAGAUCCCAGAUCAUUCUCUGACCCGCCCCCUCUCCGACCCAGUCGUGAUCCUGGAGGGACACUCCAAGCGUGUGGGCAUCGUCACCUGGCACCCGACCGCACGCAACAUCCUCCUCACUGCGGGCAGUGAUAACCUGGUAAUCGUCUGGAACGUGGGGACGGGCGAGCCUCUCGUCUCCAUGGAUGACCACCCUGACCUCAUCUACAGCAUCAGCUGGAACCGAAACGGCAGCUUGUUCUGCACCACCUGUAAGGACCGACGGCUGCGGGUCUGCGACCCCCGCAAGAGGGAGGUGGUGGCGGAACGUCUGGCUCCGCACGACGGCAUCCGGCCAAUGAGAGCCAUCUUCACCAGAGACGGGAACAUCUUCACCACCGGAUUCACCAGGAUGAGCCAGAGAGAGCUCGGGCUCUGGGACCCGACGAACUUCGAGGAGCCGAUUGCCCUGUUGGAGUUGGACACUAGCAAUGGAGUGUUGUUACCAUAUUAUGAUGCUGAUGCAAACAUGGUCUACCUCUGUGGGAAGGGGGACAGCAGUGUCCGUUACUUUGAGAUCACAGAGGAGCCGCCCUACGUCCACUACCUCAACACCUUCAGCACCAAGGAGCCGCAGAGGGGGAUGGGCUUCAUGCCAAAGAGAGGAGUGGACGUCAGCAAAUGUGAGAUCGCCAGGUUAUUCAAGCUGCUGGACAAGAAGUGUGAACCCAUCACAAUGACAGUGCCCAGAAAAUCGGACCUCUUCCAGGACGACCUGUACCCAGACACAGCCGGGCCCGAGCCCGCCAUGGAGCCCGAGGAGUGGAUGGACGGCCGCGACGAGGACCCGAUCCUGAUGUCCAUGAAGCAGGGCUACGUGCCACCAAAGAGCCGAGAGCUCAAAGUGGCGAAGAAGAACAUGCUGGACUCCAGACCCACCACCCGACGUAGCCUGUCCACUUUGGACACCAACAGCCUGCCACCUCAGUUGCUCGACAGGUUGUUGGAGGAGAUUCAGAAUCUGAAGGCCACAGUCUUGUCUCAGGAGAAGAGAAUCUGUGACUUGGAGAAUAAGCUUUCUCAGUACACCAAUGGCACUGACUGAUGUGCAUGUGAACACACCCUCUGAAGAACUGGUCUGAAUUUCGUAGUAACACAUUUCCGCUGAGCUGUCGAGGACCCGCUCUCCUACAUACUCAGAUAACACUGUUGUCCCUUGAAAUGGGCCUUUUAGGGCAGGAAUGUGGACAAUCUAGAUGCAAACUGACUGUGUAACACUUUUUAACAAAACACAUCCGUAUCUCAAACCCUUUCUGAGGCUGAUUCAGCAUAAUCCCCCCUCCGGUUUUAUCAUAAUGUACCUUUAAUGCUACUGCAAAGAUAUUUUGAAGCAUUUACACCAGUUAAAGUGAUUUGACAAGGGUGCACAAGUGCACUGAAGAGGCUGCAGGUUAGAGGGACAUGUGCAAGUAGUGAUGAAGGUGUAAAGUAAGUGGACGCUGUUAUAACUUUUUUAAAUCAGUUUCUUCUAAAAGUAUCAACAAUGGGAUGGCUUUUUUUGUGUGUGUAAAUUUAAUCUUCAAACUUUUCCAUUUACAUGUAUACAUACUGGUACCACCAUUAACAUGCUUACGAGAGCAGUUUGUUUCUCAACACAUGUAUUCGCUUCAUGACCCCUGACCCGUGUCCCAUAAUCAAUGAACAGUUGAUUUAAAUGAGCCCCUUUGAAAACGUUUCAAAUGUAAAUAGUGAAAAAGGAAACUGGACAGAAAUUGUUGAACAUGUAGCAAAAUGUGAAAAGCAACGCUUGUUUUCUGUAAAGGAUUAUACAUUAGAUACUAUUAUGACAACAAUAA